AACUUGAUUUGUUUACUUCCGACGCGCGUUACAAGAAUCCGCAAGUUUAGUCCACCAAAUCUGUUUGUUUUUAUUAAAUUCAAUACAUGAAGUAAUCGCUCUACUGAAUUUAUCUACUUUAAAAACAGACUAUAGUCUAAUUAAGGUAAUGCUUCUGAAAGAAGUCUUUAAAAGCAAUUUUUUUUACAACAAUUACAGGAAAUCUAAUAUCGCUCAUUCGCAUUCCGAUUCCCAAAAAUUUCUACAAAAAAUCUUUCUAUUAAUAUGAGCCUAAAAAAAAAACUAAGAACAAAAAUUGAAUUUAUUGAGUCCACAGUUUAAUUACUCAUUUCUUUGUGAGUUUGAAAGUUAAGUUUAUAAAAAUUAAUCGCUUUAGGAAAAUUAUGGCCCUACCCCACUUGUACACUGCUAGACGACGUCAAAUUCAAGAUGAUCGGCAUCAAAAUUGGGUUCGACAUGCGGAGAGAUUACAAAGCGCACAUGUCUCUGUAAAUAAACACUGCUCUUGGGAAUCACCUAGUUCUUUUAACGCCAGUAUGGAAGCGUGGGCAAGAAAACAAGAAAAUGAAACAAAAGAAACAAAACUGCAAUUUCGUCGUACACAGCUUGCAAAAUUGCUUUCAAACGAAAGCGAAAUGUAUCAAAGAGAGCUAAGGGAUUAUUCGGGAAAGCGAUUACCAUUACAUUUAAUGAAAGAAAAGACUGAAGCUCUUAAAUCUGCAAGAGAAGAAAAAAGGAGAGAGGUUGUAGAGCAGAAAUUAUACGACCACUGGAGAGAGAACAAUCCUGAAUUACGAGAAAUUGAAUCUGCCCGCUUAAGCGAACAUGUUAUUGAUACUUGGCGUGAACAAAUUGAAGAGCACGAAAUUCUUAAAGAGGAAGAAGCGAGGAUAGACGCUGAAGAAGAAUUAGAGCGCAAGAUUCAGUUGAAAGAAGCCAAAAAAUUAGCUAGAGAAGAAGAAUCAAGGAAAAAAUUGAGAAAUGAAGAAUUAGCAGCGGCUUUAAAGUACCAAAUGGAAGAAUUAAGAGAGAGAGAACAAGAAGCUCAGAAGAUUAAAUUCGAAGAAGAAGAACUGAUGAAAGAACGAUUGGAUGUGGAAGCCUUGAAGGAAGAACGAUUAGAGACGGAAAGACAGCGUAAGAAAGCUGAAAUAGGACGUAUAUUGAAAAGGCAACACGCAGCCGCUCUCAAGAGAAAAUCCAGAGAAGUGCAAAAACAGUUGGAAGAAGAUCGAAAUUUUAUGGAAAUUUUAGCUCGUCAAGAGCAAGAAAGAUUUCAGCAACAGCAAGAUAAACAGGAAAAAGCUCGGGCGGACGCUAAGUGGAUGCAAGAAGUUUUAGAGAAGCAAUUGCAAGAGGAACGAGAAAGAGAAGCUGCAUUAAACUUGCUUUAUCAAGAGGAAGCAGAGAAGCAAUGGGCUCAAAGGGAAAGGCAGUGGGAGUUGGAAAGAUUAGCUAGAGAGAAAUUGAUGAAAGAGGUUUUGGAAGAAAGAGGGAAACAGAUUGAGGAACGUUUAGAGAUUAUUAAGGAGAAGCAAAUGAAUAGUUUACGUGAAAGAGAAAUUCUUUUAGAAGAUCUUGACGAAUUAAAUAAUUUGAAAAUUUCUGAAGACAACGAAAAGAAAGAAAAGAUAGAGACAACUAGAAGAGAAAUUGAAAAUCAAGUUGCACAGAAGAGAGCGCUCAGUAGGAUGGCAGACGAUGAAAUGGAAAGAGAAUUACAGCAGAGUCGAUUAGCCGAGAAAGCCUACAGUGAACUACUUGAUCAGGAAGCUCAACAAUUGAAGAAUACGCCAUUUACUCCCAGGUAUCAUGCUCGAGUGAAACAAGCUUGGAACUAA